CCGGGCGGCCUCGCCUCACGGAGGGAAGGCGGGAGGGCGCGCGCCUGGGCCGCCUGCUCGUUCACUCGCUCGCUCGCUCCCUCCCUCCGCCGGUGGGUUAGUCAGUCAGUCAGUCCGCCAGCAGCCGGCGGGCCCGCGAGCCGCAGAGGGCCCGAGUCUCGGCGCCGGCGCCUUCUCCUGCCAUUGUUCGUCGGGCGGCUGCAGCGGCGGGCUCGGGAGCCCGGGCCCCGGGGCCACGGCAAUAUCAUGACAACAGAAAAGAGUUUAGUGGCUGAGGCUGAAAAUUCACAGCACCAACAGCAGAAGGAAGAAGGUGAGGGAGCCACGAAUUCGGGCCAACAAGAAACUCAGCUGGAAGAGCCUUCUCAAGAGGCAGCUGAAGGAGAUCCGCAGUGUGAGCAGAAGCUGAAAACAUCUAAUGGAGAUACUCCUACACAUGAAGACUUAACCAGGAACAAGGAACGGACAUCAGAAAACAGGGGCCUAUCACGGCUGUUCUCCUCGUUUCUCAAAAGGCCUAAGUCUCAGGUCUCUGAGGAAGAAGGCAAAGAAGUAGAGUCCGCUAAAGAGAAAUGUGAAGGAGGUCAGAGAGAGAUAGAAUUCGGAACCAGUCUUGAUGAAGAGAUCAUUUUAAAGGCCCCAAUUGCAGCUCCUGAACCUGAACUCAAAACAGACCCAUCCUUGGAUCUUCAUUCAUUAAGCAGUGCAGAAACACAGCUUGCUCAGGAAGAACACAGAGAAGACCCAGAUUUUGAAACUAAGGAAGGAGAAGGACUUGAAGAGUGCUCUAAAAUAGAAGUGAAAGAAGAAAGUCCUGAGUCAAGAGCAGAAAGAGAAUUAAAAGCUUCCCAGAAAUCAAUCAAAAGACACAGAAACAUGCAUUGCAAGGUUUCUUUGUUGGAUGACACAGUUUAUGAAUGUGUUGUGGAGAAACAUGCUAAGGGACAAGAUUUGCUUAAACGAGUAUGUGAGCACCUCAACCUUUUGGAAGAGGACUACUUUGGUCUAGCCAUUUGGGAUAAUGCAACCUCUAAGACAUGGCUGGAUUCUGCCAAAGAAAUAAAAAAGCAGGUUCGUGGUGUCCCCUGGAAUUUCACAUUUAAUGUCAAAUUUUAUCCACCUGACCCAGCACAGUUAACAGAAGAUAUAACAAGAUAUUAUUUAUGCCUCCAGCUUCGACAGGACAUAGUUGCAGGACGUCUGCCCUGUUCCUUUGCAACCUUAGCAUUAUUAGGUUCUUACACCAUCCAGUCUGAGCUGGGAGACUAUGACCCAGAACUUCAUGGUGCGGAUUAUGUUAGUGACUUUAAACUGGCCCCAAAUCAGACCAAGGAACUUGAAGAGAAGGUCAUGGAACUGCAUAAGUCAUACAGGUCCAUGACUCCAGCUCAAGCUGACCUGGAAUUUCUUGAGAAUGCCAAAAAGUUGUCUAUGUAUGGUGUUGACCUUCAUAAAGCAAAGGACUUGGAGGGAGUGGAUAUCAUCCUAGGUGUCUGCUCUAGUGGCCUUCUGGUUUAUAAAGAUAAACUGAGAAUUAACCGCUUUCCUUGGCCCAAAGUGCUGAAGAUUUCUUACAAACGUAGCAGCUUUUUCAUCAAGAUUCGGCCUGGAGAGCAAGAGCAGUAUGAAAGUACCAUUGGAUUCAAACUUCCCAGUUACCGAGCAGCUAAGAAAUUAUGGAAAGUCUGUGUAGAGCAUCACACGUUUUUCAGACUGACAUCUACAGACACCAUUCCUAAAAGCAAAUUUCUUGCACUGGGAUCCAAAUUUCGAUACAGUGGCCGGACUCAGGCUCAGACCAGGCAAGCUAGUGCUCUGAUUGACAGGCCUGCCCCACACUUUGAGCGUACGGCAAGCAAACGGGCAUCCCGGAGCCUUGAUGGAGCGGCUGUUGACUCCGACCGAAGUGCUCGGCCCACCUCUGCACCAGCCAUUGCCCAGAGCCAGGGCACUGAAGGCAGUGUGUCAGAUGCACCUGUCAAGAAAACUGUGGCGUCUAAAACACAGAAGGAAACAGUGAAGUUUGAAGUGAAAGAGGAAGAUGUGCCGCCAGAGCAAGCUGAACCAGAGCCCACAGAAGUGUGGAAGGUGGAAAAACCCCACAUCGAGGUCACAGUACCUACCUCAAAUGGUGACCGAACACAGAAGCUUGCAGAAAAAACUGAAGAUCUGAUAAGAAUGAGGAAGAAAAAGAGAGAGAGACUAGAUGGUGAAAACAUUUAUAUCAGACAUAGCAAUUUAAUGUUGGAGGAUUUAGACAAAAGUCAAGAAGAGAUAAAAAAACAUCAUGCUAGCAUCAGCGAGCUGAAAAAGAACUUUAUGGAAUCUGUACCAGAACCACGGCCUAGUGAAUGGGAUAAGCGCUUAUCCACUCACUCCCCGUUCCGAACACUUACCAUCAACGGACAGCUUCCCACAGGAGAAGGAAAUAUAAAUGGCAUUCGCACAGAGGAGGCGGCUGCCGUGACAAGGGGGCGAGCUACCAGCCCUGACUCUGAAUGGGAUGGUCCCAAGCAUUCACUAAUUCCUAGUAAGAGCCAAAUGACCACCCCGUCGGAGUCUCCACAAAGCUUUGAGAGUGGCUCCCUCUCCAUAAGCAGCAAGGAGACAGAAGAGAAGGAGCAGGGGGCAGCUGGCUCUCUUGAUACUAAGGAGACGCCAGGAGGCGCAAGUGGGGAGUGUGUAGGAGCGGAGGAGCAGGCCGGUGCCUUCCCCUUCCCAGUAUCACCAGCUUCCUCUCAGCUGCAACUUGGUGAAAAAGAGGCAGAGAGUAGUGAAGAACAUGUUACACCAGGAGAGCCACUUGGAAAGCAAAAUGGAUCAUUUCUUGACUCUCGUGUGGGUAACCAGUUCCCCACCCUCAUUCGAAGUUUCCAGCCACCCCUGGUGAAGACUCAGACCGUCACCAUCUCGGAUACUGCCAAUGCUGUGAAAAGCGAAAUCCCAACCAAAGAUGUCCCUAUUGUUCACACUGAGACCAAGACCAUCACUUAUGAGGCUGCCCAGACUGAGGAUAGCAACGGAGACCUGGACCCAGGAGUCCUGCUAACAGCUCAGACCAUCACAUCUGAGACCACGAGCAGUACAACCACAACUCAGAUUACCAAGACUGUAAAAGGUGGGAUCUCAGAGACCCGGAUUGAGAAGAGAAUUGUGAUCACAGGAGAUGCCGAUAUCGACCACGAUCAGGUGGGAACACUGAAGAGAUUGUGGGCGCGAAGAGGUCCCUGGGCGGGAAGAUUGAUGGAUACGGGAGGUGGCUUUUGGAAGACGCCUCUGCCAGCUUCGCCCCAAGGAACCCCCUGGGCUACUCCAGUGCUGAAAUGGGAAGGGCAAAGGGAGUCAGCCCACAGAGGCCUGUGGGAUGGAGACUGCAGUUGGAGCAUGAAGUGUAAUAGAAAGAAUAGCAAGUUUUUUAGACUCAAAAAGCCUUGUGUUCACAUCCUGGAUCUCUCCAUAUGCUAGCUCUUAACUUUCUGGGCCUCCAUGUCCCCAUCUUUAGGAUGGGCAUCAUGGCAUCUCCCCUCAAUGUGGUUGUGAGAAUCGGGUGAGAUGUGGGGUGUCCACCAUGCGGACAGAAGAACAUAGUAAGACAAAAGGAAGGUGUGCUCCCCGCCCUCAGAGGGCCUAGAGGCAGAGGAGAUGGGGGUUGGGGAGGUAGACUGCGAAUCAGGAGCCUUGACUUCGAUUCUGUCCUGGAUCUGUCCCUGACUUCCUGUCUGACCUUGGGCAAACCACACUACCGCUGAUUCUUUCUUGUCUCCUAAAAGAGAAUAGGUUGAUCUAGAUCAUUUCUGGGCCCUUCUGAGUGCUAAAAAUCUAUUCUCUAUAUUAAUUAGGUGCUAAUUGUGCUGCAGGCAAUUAGCAAAUAAUAAGGUCAGGAUUGAUGCUCCUAGUUCUCUGCUGAGUGAGGUGAGAACAGUCGAGCCGCAGAGAAGAGGGGGUGGAGGGGCCCCAUGCAAACGCUUCUGCAGUCAUUGACAGCCAUGCUGGAGCAGUCAUUCUGUGGCCUUCAUGCUGAUAUGUUGAGUGCCUUAAAAAAAACCGAGAAAGAAAGAAAAC